CCACUGUGGCUGGCCGCGAAGUUCGGGGCUGGCGCUCUCGCUCGGAGGCGGGUCCCUGGACCCGGAAGCGCGGCUGCUGCAGCGGGAGGCUUCAAGUGGGGUCUGCGUCGCAGCCCGCCCGGCGUGUGCACGAUGCGGCUCGGCGCCGGGACGUUCGCAGCCUGUUGUGUAGCGAUCGAGGUGCUCGGGAUCGCGGUUUUCCUUCGGGGAUUCUUCCCGGCUCCCGUUCGUUCCUCUGCCGGGACCGAACACGGAGCAGAGCCCCCAGCGCCCGAACCCUCGGCUGGAGCCAGUUCUAACUGGACCACGCUCCCACCACCUCUCUUCAGUAAAGUUGUUAUUGUUCUGAUAGAUGCCUUGAGAGAUGAUUUUGUGUUUGGGUCAAAGGGUGUGAAAUUUAUGCCCUACACAACUUAUCUUGUGGAAAAAGGAGCAUCUCACAGUUUUGUGGCUGAAGCAAAGCCACCUACAGUUACUAUGCCUCGAAUCAAGGCCUUGAUGACAGGGAGCCUCCCUGGCUUUGUUGAUGUCAUCAGGAACCUCAAUUCUCCUGCGCUGCUGGAAGACAGUGUGAUAAGACAAGCAAAAGCAGCUGGGAAGAGAAUCAUCUUUUAUGGAGAUGAAACCUGGGUUAAAUUAUUCCCAAAGCAUUUUGCAGAAUAUGACGGAACAACCUCAUUUUUCGUGUCAGAUUACACAGAGGUGGAUAAUAAUGUCACGAGGCAUUUGGAUAAAGUAUUAAAAAGAGGAGAUUGGGACAUGUUAAUCCUCCAUUACCUGGGGCUGGACCACAUUGGCCACAUUUCAGGGCCCAACAGCCCCCUGAUUGGGCGAAAGCUGAGCGAGAUGGACAGCGUGCUGAUGAAGAUCCACACCUCGCUGCUGUCAAAGGAGAGAGAUAUGGCUUUACCCAAUUUGCUGGUUCUUUGUGGUGAUCAUGGCAUGUCUGAAACAGGAAGUCACGGGGCCUCUUCCAUGGAGGAAGUGAACACACCUCUGAUUUUAAUCAGUUCUGCGUUUGAAAGGAAACCUGGUGAUAUCCGACAUCCAACGCGUGUCCAGCAGACGGACGUGGCUGCGACACUAGCGAUAGCACUUGGCUUGCCGAUUCCAAAAGACAGUGUGGGGAGCCUUCUGUUCCCAGUCGUGGAAGGAAAACCCAUGAGAGAGCAGCUGAGAUUUUUACAUUUGAAUACGGUGCAGCUUAGCAAACUGUUGCAAGAGAAUGUCCCGUCAUAUGAAAAAGAUCCUGGAUUUGAGCAGUUUAAAAUGUCAGAAAGAUUGCAUGGGAACUGGAUCAGACUGUACUUGGAGGAGAAGCAUUCAGAAGUCCUGCUGAACCUGGGCUCCAAGGUUCUCAGGCAGUACCUGGAUGCCCUGAAGACGCUGAGCUUGUCCCUGAGCACACAAGUGGCUCAGUACGACAUGUACUCAAUGAUGGUGGGGACGGUCGUGGUCUUGGAGGUUCUCACCCUGCUCCUGCUCAGCGUCCCACAGGCACUGCGUAGAAAGGCUGAGCUGGAAGUCUCACUGUCAUCUCCUGGAUUUUCUCUGCUCUUUUAUUUGGUGAUCCUGGUUCUUUCGGCCGUUCACGUCAUUGUGUGCACCUCAGCUGAGAGCUCAUGCUACUUCUGUGGCCUCUCGUGGCUGGCGGCAGGUGGGGUGAUGGUGCUGGCCUCGGCGCUGCUCUGUGUGAUUGUGUCCGUUCUGACCAACGUGCUCGUGGGUGGAAGACCCCAAAGGAAGAACCCCAUUCAUCCCAGCUCAAGAUGGUCAGAGCUAGACCUUCUUAUUCUGUUAGGGACAGUGGGCCACGUCUUGAGCCUGGGUGCCAGCAGCUUCGUGGAGGAGGAGCACCAGACCUGGUACUUCCUUGUAAAUACCCUGUGUCUAGCCCUGAGCCAAGAAACCUACAGAAGCUACUUUCUGGGAGAUGACAGCGAGCCUCAGUGUGGCCUCCAUGUGGAACAAGGGCUCAACGGCAUGGCAGCAGCGUGGCAGGGUGGGCCUGGCUGUGACGUGCUGGAGCGAGGCAAAGGCCAUGGCAGCCCCUCUCCCUCCGAAGUGCUCCAAGGCAGCGAGAAGUGGAUGGUGCUGGCCAGUCCAUGGCUCAUACUGGCCUGCUGCCGGCUGCUGCGCUCCCUAAACCAGACAGGUGUGCAGUGGGCCCACCGGCCCGACCUUGGCCACUGGCUCACCAGCUCUGAUCACAAAGCCGAGCUCUCUGUCCUGGCUGCCGUCUCCCUCCUCGUAGUUUUUGUGUUGGUGCAGAGGGGGUGCUCCCCUGUGUCCAAGGCUGCCCUGGCACUGGGGCUGCUGGGCGUCUACUGCUACCGGGCGGCCAUCGGGAGUGUACGGUUUCCCUGGCAGCAGGACAGCAAGGACAUUUCCAAGGGUAUUAUUGAAGCUCGUUUUGUGUAUGUCUUUGUCCUUGGCAUUCUGUUCACGGGCACCAAAGACUUACUUAAAUCUCAAGUCGUUGCUGCAGACUUCAAAAUCAAGACUGUAGGUUUAUGGGAGAUCUAUAGUGGAUUAGUUCUCCUGGCAGCCUUGCUCUUUAGACCACAUAAUCUUCCAGUCUUAGCAUUUAGUCUCUUGAUUCAGACUCUGAUGACUAAAUUCAUCUGGAAGCCCCUGAGACACGACGCAGCUGAGAUUACUGUAAUGCAUUAUUGGUUCGGUCAAGCAUUCUUCUAUUUUCAGGGCAACUCCAACAACAUUGCCACUGUGGACAUCUCUGCAGGCUUCGUGGGUUUAGACACCUACGUGGAAAUCCCAGCCGUGUUCCUGACAGCGUUUGGGACAUAUGCAGGGCCUCUGCUCUGGGCCAGCCACUUAGUGCACUUCCUGAGCUCAGAAACACAUAGCUCAGCACUGAGUCAUGCUUGCUUCUGCUACGCGAUGAUUUGUUCUAUUCCAGUUUCCACGUAUAUCGUCUUGGUGACAUCUCUGCGUUAUCAUUUAUUCAUAUGGAGUGUAUUUUCUCCAAAACUUCUCUAUGAGGGGAUGCAUCUGCUCAUUACAGCUGCUGUCUGUGUAUUCUUUACAGCAAUGGAUCAAACCAGACUCACACAGGCUUAGACUAAGCUGAACACUGGAAAAAUAAUACAUGCUUAAAGUCUGCUGUUAUUCUAAGAUGGAAGAUGUGAAUUCAACAAAGUUGAUGAAUAGCUUUAACUUCUUUGAGUACUGUACCUGAAUUUAGGUUAAGUAGUAAAUAGUUUAAUAAACGGUCACUUUAAUA